CGCGCGCCCCGCGCCCCGCUUCUCCGCGUCCACAAAAUGGCGCUUUCUCCUCUCCUCCUCCCUUCCCCCCCGCGGUGAGCAGAGACCCACAACAACCAACGGCUGCUUCCCAACCGCCGCCCCGCCCACACGUGACCGGGCGGCCAAUGAAAAGGCAACGAAUGGCAGGGACGGCCAAUGCGUGAGCCGGCUGCCGGGGUCGGCGGAGCAGGACAACACAACAGGAGGUGGGAGGGGGGCACGUGAUUGAUCUUCGCGGCAUCCAAUCGCCGGGCGUCGUCCGUGUCUUCUCCACCCUCUAGGACUUGUCGAGCCGGCGAAGAGGCGUGUCUAUGCGGGAUGGUGAUGUCAGUGGCUCUUACGGCCAAUGGGUGUUGAGAUCGCCUCUAUAUAAGGGACAUCGGGGGAAGGCCGAGAGGCGCCAUUUCGCUGAAGCGGAGGAAGCAUCUUGGUCUGGGAGAGCGAGCGAAGGAGCGCGCGCGCAGCCGAGCCAAGCAGGCAGGGAGGCAGGGGUGGGCGGACUCAAUCCAGAGCCAUCCUCGGCGGGCAAGCCCCAAUCACCGGCCGUCGUUGUUGCCAUCGGCUCGGCGGAUCCCCCUCCCGGCUUCCGUAGCGGUUGUUGUCCCCCAGCCAACCCACCCUUCGCGAGAGAGCAAAGGUGGAGCGCCGCCAGUAAUCCCAGUACAAUCCAGUGCCAUCUGCGCCGCAGACCGCGACGACUCGCCUGGGGACCGGCGCCUCCGGAUGCGGCAGGCUCCAAGGAGACCGGGAAGCCCUAUAUUGCCGGCGGCCCGGCGACGUCGGAGUCCCCGGGGGGGCUUGCAGGAGGGGACCCUCCCCUUCAAUUUCAGUGCCCUGCAACUGUAAAGGCCGCCAUUUUAUUAGCUUUUUAUCCUGAUAUCCAGCGGUGGGGGGGCAGCCUCGGCCGGAGGAGGAAACCGGACCUGCUCUCCCGUGCGGCAGCGCCCCCUCCCCAGACAAGCCGUGCGCCUUCGGCCGCCCGCCUCCCCCUUCCCGCGGGAGGGGGGCUGCCAUGCGCCCCUGAGCGCGGCCGUUUUCUCCCCCCUGCGAGGCCGCGCCACCCGAGCAAAGUGGGGGGGGUCCCCGAGGCCACGGAGGCGCCGGCGGCUGGAGCGGGACCGUCCCGGGAGAGAGCCGGGCCCCCGGGGAGAGCGGCUGCUGGUGCUCCUGCAGGCAUGUUGCAGAACGUGAACCCCAACGGCAAGAUCCUGGGGGAGGGCAAUGUGGGCCUCGUGGGCUUGGCUGUGGAGUCCACGCCAGGGAAGAGGAUCCGCAAGCCGUCGCUCCUCUACGAGGGCUUCGAGGGCCCCAACAUGGCACCUGUACCGACCCUUCACCUGACCCCGGCCAAUCCGCCCCCGCCGGAGGUCUCGAACCCCAAGAAGCCAGGCAGGGUCACCAACCAGCUGCAGUACCUCCACAAAGUGGUGAUGAAAGCGCUCUGGAAGCACCAGUUUGCUUGGCCCUUCCGUCAGCCCGUGGAUGCCGUCAAGCUGGGCCUUCCGGACUACCACAAAAUCAUCAAGCAGCCGAUGGACAUGGGCACCAUCAAGCGGCGACUGGAAAACAACUACUACUGGAGCUCGGCAGAAUGCAUGCAAGACUUCAACACCAUGUUCACCAACUGCUACAUAUACAACAAGCCCACCGAUGAUAUUGUGCUGAUGGCCCAAACCUUGGAGAAGAUCUUCCUGCAGAAGGUGGCCCAAAUGCCUCAGGAGGAGCUGGAGAUAGCAAUCACUGUAGCGAAGAACAGCCACAAGAAGGGGGCGUCUCGGGUAGCAGCGCUCUUGGCAGCAUCCAGCGCGGCUGCCCAGCAGGUGCCGGCCAUCUCUUCGGUGUCUCACACUCAGCUCUUCCCCACGAGCACCGACAUCCCCACCACCAUCAUCAACCUCCCCCACCCGUCGGUCAUCUCCACGCCACUCCUCAAGCCACUCCACUCCUCUGCCUCCUCCCAGCCGGUGCUCUCGGUGCCUGCUCCCACACAGCCCGUAGCCAAGAAGAAAGGCGUGAAGCGGAAAGCAGACACCACCACCCCCACCCCCACGGCCAUCAUUGCCACCAGUGGCGGGGAGUCUUCCCCCUCAGCUGCCCUGCUGGAGGUCAAGGCCGCCAAGAUCCCUGCCCGGCGGGAGAGCGGGCGUCCCAUCAAGCCUCCGCGCAAAGACCUGCCCGACUCGCAGCAGCACCAGACCUCCAAGCGAGGCAAGCUCUCGGAGCAGCUCAAGUACUGCAACAGCAUUCUCAAGGAGCUCGUGUCCAAGAAGCACGCGGCCUACGCGUGGCCCUUCUACAAGCCGGUGGAUGCGUCUGCCCUGGGCCUCCACGACUACCACGAGAUCAUCAAGCACCCCAUGGAUCUCAGCACCAUCAAGCGCAAGAUGGAAAAUCGGGAGUACCAUGAUGCGCAGGAGUUUGCCUCUGACGUGCGACUGAUGUUCUCUAACUGCUACAAGUACAACCCCCCGGAUCACGAUGUGGUAGCCAUGGCUCGCAAGCUGCAGGAUGUCUUUGAGUUCAGUUACGCCAAGAUGCCCGAUGAGCCCAUAGACAUCAACCCCCCCUCCACCUCACUCCCACAGCCAGGACUCCUGAUGAAGUCCUCCACAGAUGAUUCUUCUAGUGACGACGACGACGAUGACGACGACGAAGAGGGGGAUGAAGAUGAGAGCAGCAGCGAAAGCUCAUCGGACAGUGAGGAGAGUUCAGACUCCGAGGAGGAACGAGCCAAUAGGCUAGCUGAGCUCCAGGAACAGCUACGGGCAGUGCACGAGCAGCUCGCAGCUCUCUCGCAGGGACCAGUCUCCAAGCCCAAGAAGAAGCGCGACAAGAAGGAGAAGAAGAAAAAGAAGAAGUCCGAGAAGCGCAAGGGCAAGGCAGGGGACGAGGAGGCCCGGGCUCACCAGGCUCAGCUCAAGAAGUCGAAGAAAGCGGCCGGUGGCGGCGGCGGCGGCGGUGGCAAGAACUCCAAGAAGGCCAGCGUCAAGGCCCUCCCGCCCCCGGUCCCCGUGCUCUACGAUUCGGAGGAGGAGGAGGAGAGCAGGCCCAUGACGUACGACGAGAAGCGCCAGCUCAGCCUGGACAUCAACAAGCUGCCGGGGGAGAAGCUGGGCCGGGUGGUGCACAUCAUUCAGUCCCGGGAGCCGUCCCUGCGCGACUCCAACCCGGAGGAGAUCGAGAUCGACUUUGAGACGCUCAAGCCCUCCACGCUGCGGGAGCUGGAGCGCUACGUGCUGUCCUGCCUACGCAAGAAGCCCCGCAAGCCAUACAGCGAGACCCUGAAGAAGCCGGUGGGCAAGACAAAAGAGGAGCUCGCCCUCGAGAAGAAGCGGGAGCUGGAGAAACGACUACAGGAUGUCAGCGGGCAACUGAACUCGGCCAAGAAGCCCCCCAAGAAGGUGAGCGAGAAGCCGGAGUCCGCCCAGCAGGUGGCCGUCUCGCGCCUGAGUGCCAGCAGCUCCAGCUCCGACUCGAGCAGCUCCAGCUCCUCCUCCUCCUCCUCCGACACAAGCGACUCCGACUCCAGCUAGGCUGUUGGGUGACUGCAAGCGACCGGCAGGCAGGCAGGCAGGCGGAUGGGCGGGAGGCCUGUUCGGAAGAGGUUCUGCGGGACCAGAACUACACGACGGACGGGCUCCUCUGGGAGCCGGGCAAGGGAGGGCUUCCCGGUUGGUUUCCUGUUUGUUCCACCCUUGGGACACGGGGCGUGAGCUGGCCCCGCUGUGUUUGUGCUGGGGCACGGGGCACCCUGACCGUGCGGCUUGCUCCAGCAAUCGGGGGCAGUGUUUUACUGUUUUGGUUGACUCAAAAAAGAAAAAAAAAUAAGAAAAAAAACUUGUGGUUUUUAUAAAGCGUUUAGCAAGUUUGGUUUUGUGACGCUCCUUCACUGGAGGGACAGGUAGGGACUGCCAUGGGGGGGGGUGCGCCCCAGAUGCUCAGCCUGGGCAAAACGGAACGGAGGCGAGACUCUUGUCGGGAACGGUCACCUCCUCUCUCGCGUGUUGGCACUCGAGGUUCUUCUAUUUAUUUUCUCCCGUUGGAGGCUGUCCCUGGGAUCUGGAGUGAGAGCAACUGUGACCGUAUCUGGGCAAAAUCAAGACAGCAUGUUCUUCGCCCCUCAAGGGAGGCUGUAAUGGCGGUGGCCUUCUUGAGUUUUUUAUGUUGAUUGUAUAUUUUUUUUCUACUCUUCAUCUCCCCCCCCCCCGCCCUUUCCACCUUCUAGGGUUCUGUUUCAUCUUAUUGUAUGUUAAACCUGGUUCUUUAACAUGUAAAUAAAAAAGUAUUAUACA